GAAAUAUAUACGUACCACCAAAGAGGUAAUAGCGAUAGGAUCUUCUCAUUAACUUAUUGUAUUUUUUGGAGAAGAGGUGGACAGAUACAAUUAAACAAAAAUACUGAAUAGCUAAGCAUGUCAUUUAAAGCGUCUUUCCCCCACAACAGCUCGUUCGCUCUAUUGUAUUUCGUCUCUCCUGAACGCUUCAGCGAACUAUUUUGUGACGUAUCAGGCAAUAUAAUUCACCAUCGACCUCGCCAUUCACCAAAUGCCGCUUCAUGCUGCGAUCGAGCGAAUUGCAACUGAACAACUCUUCCGAAACACAUUGAUAGGUGUGGUUCUACUCUCAACUCCCUGGUUGAAUAUACUUUUAUAUAUACCAGCUGUAUAAUCUCGGGUUUACCGUUCACUGAGGUUAUCUCUCGGCUAUGAUCAUGAUGAUAAACUAAGCUCACUCGCAGUGCCAGGAUCAUUUUGUGUUUCGUCGUUCUGAAGUUCUGAAGUUCUGAAGUGGCUUCCCAAAGCAUAUACAGUGUGAGGAGCAGUAUCAGAGUACGACGACCAUAAUUUAAGUGUUUUGGACUCGGUUAUAAUCUGAAGUUUGUACCACCGAAACAUCGUCAUAUCCCGGGUCAUAUCCAAGGUUGUAUUCUCAGAGUUUUCGAGCACCAUGGCAGAUGAGAAGAUCAACCCAAGCGCGCGAAAGAAAGUCGAUCUUGAUCGGCAGUCUAUCGUGAUAGAUGGAGAUGAGCGCAUCCACGUCUCCUCUCUUUGUGACUUUGGAAACAAAGAAUACACCAUCAGCAAGCUCUACGAUGACGUCACAACACUUUAUGAAGGAUUCUUAAGAGGAGAAAGGGUAUCAAAUGAUGGCCCGUGUCUGGGGUACAGACUAGACGGAGAUUCACCAUACAAAUGGAUGUCAUAUAGUCAGGUCCGCAGGAAAGCCCAUUACUUCGGAUCAGCCUUGAUGCAAAAGGGGUUCACCGCUUCAAAUGAUUCAAUGAUCGGAAUAUUCAGUCAAAAUCGACCUGAGUGGGUGAUUUCUGACCUUGGAUGUAUGGCUUUUAGUAUGGUAACUGUACCUCUCUACAGCACACUAGGACCGAAAGGAUACGAGUACAUUAUCAAUCUCACUAAUAUCAAACUGAUUGUGGUGGAUAAUAUGGAGAAAGCAUCGAGCUUGCUGAGUCAAAUCGACAAGUUACCUACAUUGAAGCAUAUUGUCAUCAUGGAUUCACCAAUUAGCGACGAGGUCAACGACCAGGCGAGAAAAGCAAACAUAGCAGUGGUUUCUUUUGAUGAGAUGCUGACACUGGGAGAAAAUAACCUUCACGAUCCACAGCCUUGUAAACCAGAUGACUUGGCCCUAAUUCGAUUCACAAGCGGAACCACAGGUGUUCCUAAGGGUGCCAUGACAUCACACAAGAGUAUAGUUGCAAAUGUUUCCGCCAUUUAUUCAUCGAUUAUUCGUUUCCACUCGUGUGCACCUGGAUCUGUAUCAAUAUCAUACCUUCCUUUGGCUCACGCAUAUGAACAUACACUCGACGGGAUGUUGUUUCUACAUGGUUGUUCAAUAGGGUUCUUCCGUGGUGAUGUGAAAACAUUAGUCAAUGAUAUGCAGGUCUUGAAACCCGAUAUCUUCCCUAGUGUUCCUCGUCUGGCAAACAAACUUUAUGAUAAGAUCAUGGGUGGGGUCAAUUCGUCGUCUUUCAUCAAACGAAGUCUCUUUAACCUAGCUUACCGAAUGAAAUUGGGAGAUGCAAUGAGAGGAAUCUUCAGAAGAGAUACAUGGUGUGAUUAUCUUGUCUUCAGUAAAGUUCAGGCAUUGCUUGGAGGCAACGUCACGUGGAUGAUCACCGGAAGUGCACCCAUUGCCCCGGAAGCACUCGAGUUUUUCCGGGUUGUCUUUGGUGUUCAAAUAUGUGAAGCCUACGGGCAGACUGAGUGUGUGGGAGGAGCUACUUGUACUGUUCCUGGUGAGACUGUCGCGGGUCAUGUUGGUUGUCCUCUUCCCUGUAACAUGAUGAAGGUUGUUGACGUCCCAGAGAUGGGCUAUUAUGCUGUCAAAGACAAAGGAGAAGUUUGCGUCAAAGGUCCGAACGUCUUCAAAGGAUACUACAAGAACAAGGAGAAAACCGACGAGGCACUCGAUGCUGAUGGUUGGCUUCAUACAGGGGAUAUUGGUCAGUGGUUGCCGAACGGAACGCUCAAGAUCAUUGACCGGAAGAAGCACAUCUACAAGCUUGCACAUGGAGAGUAUGUUGCUCCAGAGAAGAUUGAGACAGUCAUUACGAGGAGUGGUCUGAUAGCACAGGCAUUCGUCUAUGGAGAGAGUCUGAAGGCUUCAAAUGUGGCAAUAAUCGUACCGGACGAGGACGAAAUACAGAAGUAUGCCAAUGCAAACCACAUCAGUGGUUCCAUCGAAGAUCUAUGCAAAAACCUGAAAAUACGAGAUGCUAUCAGAACUGAACUCUCAAACGUUAGCAAUGCAGGAAAACUGUGUGGAUUCGAGAAGGUGAGAGAAUUUUCCCUACAACCUGAACAAUUCAGCAUUGAAAACGGUCUCCUGACUCCCACCAUGAAGAAUAAACGGGUGGCCAUCAAGGAGAGAUACCAGGCAGAAAUCGAUGAAAUGUAUUCCAGAGUACAGUAAUCAAUCUAAUCUACCUUUCUUAUUAUGACGUCAUCAUGAUGGUGCUAAUCCGAUGUAAUGUAGCACGACUUAAUAGCAGUGUAUUCCAAACAGCUUAGAACGAACACCUUGACUGUAAAUUAAAGAAAACGUGUUUGGUACAAUGAUGCUAGUAAUGAGGUAUCUCAGAGAAACUGAACACAAGGCCUGUGGCUUUGUGUUAAUCAUUAAAAGGAUCGAGUGUCAUAUUUGCUACUACUUAAUUUUAGCAUUAACUAUUGACUACACUAAACGAAACAACAUGUAUACAGUUUAUACAGCCUGGCUUACUUUCCGCAUAAACGUGCGAUUGUUCUUUAAAAGUAUAAUGAGUGUUUGAACAAAUAUAUCAAAUUUAGUACAUAAUUUCAACUUUUAAGCAAUAAAUAUUAAAAAUUUAAUUUGCUUUUUAAAUUUGCAAUAUUUUGUUUUAAACUUUAAACAAUAACUGAUCGGUUCACAUAUUAGACCAGGGGAUAAUUUCAUAUAACUUGUUAUAAUAACAAAUUUGUAAUAAAGAGUUAAAAGCUAGUGAAAUCCUUCAAUCUGAUUGGUUGAUAGUGAACCUGUUAUAGAAAUUGUGCAUUUGUUAUUAUACCAAGUUUUGAAUGAAACGAGACUCGGCACUUGGGUUGUAUAAGCGGUUUUUUCCCCCGAGUACUUCCUCGAUUGGAAAAAUGCUAAUGUUUCAUUUGAUUAGAUCUCGCAUGGUUCCCCAUUAAUUUUAUAUGACUCUUUGGAGCCUCUCACUGACAAAUGCCGCUCAUUGAUACUAAACGGGCAAGUUUUAAGACGAUUAAAAAACAUUAAGAUAAUAGCCAAGCGAAGCAUUCCUUACUGGAAAUGGGUAGCACAUUUUGAAAGCUACACAUUUUGAAAGCAUACACUCUGCCCAAAAUUUGAAUAUUCUGUGUUCGGCUUUGAAUGCUAAUGAUGUGACAAAAUGAGAGACAAAGAGCAUGAAAUUGGAACUUAGAAUAUCUGACCUGUUGCCAUGGUUUCUAAUUACUUUAUCAUAAUGUAAUGCCGUUUGUUCAUUUCUAGAAUUAAUCUUGUUUUUAUGAGGUGUUGGCCAUUAUAAACGGAACAUUACAGUACUCGGGUAUUCCAUCAAAGUAGCCUUUUUUUAAGCAACUUCUUUCUGUUGCAUUUUAUCAGAAAGUUAUUGUGUAAUUGAAUUACCAGAUGAAUGUUGACUGAUAGUAGUAACACUUGAAGUCAGCUUUGCAAUCGAAUUAAUGUCUUCCAAAUAAUUAGGUUGUUAAGAUUUAUUAAUCAUCAAAGUAUUAUGUUCUUCUACUUCUUCUGGUGGCAAUGUAUCUAAUAAUAUUGUUCUAAUUAUUUUAUUGUAUUUUAAAAGAUAUCUCUUUUUUAUAUAGAAUAUGCAUUAAUGUUUCUGUCGCUAAUUUGCAAUUUACAGGGUAUACAUUGUUAUUUUGUUUUUCUUGGCUUAUAAUCCAUGCAUAAAGAUAUCGAUGAAGUGAAAGAUCGACGAUUUCGCACAAUACAUGUAUUUCAAGAAAUAAUAUAUCACUGUGGCGUUAAAUAGGAAUCUUACAAUUCUGUUUUUUUUUGUCGUUAAUGCCUUUUUUUUUUGCUUUGAUAAUGAACCAUGCAAAAAGAAUUACCUUUUCUCUAAAAUCAUAUCGAUAACGAUAAAAAUCGACGAUUCCGCACAUUUCAAAAUUAUAUCACCAUUGCGUCAAAUAGGAAUAGUACAAUUUUCAUUUUUUGUUUCUUUCCUGAUUUUUAUGUCAAACCUUUAUCCCUCAUACACGGUGCCAGUUACACAAAGAGUAUACGUUUAAACGCAAGUCCAAAUAUCAAUCGCAUAUCUCGAAUGCGUGCUUUUGAUUGGUUGUAGAGUAAAUUACGUUUGAUUUAAGAUUUGUGCUUGAUUGCCACUCGUUCUGCAACCACGGGCCCCUGAAAACCAAGAAUAUUUGUAUUCUACUCCCAGGUUCUACCGAUCAAUGCAAGCGGGUAGUUUAUCAGUAAAACAUAGGUUUGCGAAAUUGUUAAUCGUAUGAGAAUGUCGGAUAUAUUUUGUUGUUCGAGUAGUUUAAGGAUACUUUCUUCCCCUUUUGCGUAGCUUUAUGAUGGUUUAAUAGUUCUACAGCUGUACAGUGUGUGGUAAAUAAUACGACAAAUGAAUGACAUCUAUUAUACAUUUUAUAAAUCUUUAUAAAGAAGAAUAAUGAUUAAAUAUAUAUUUUUGCAGUUGUGAUAACAUUUACUACAUGUGUCUAUGGAAUGGGUAUCAAUAUUGAAGCAAAUAUUUAUAAUAAAAUCUUGUUACUUUUAAUAAAGACGAGUAAAAAUGUCUGAUCAUUUUGUUUUAGAUAUACAUGUAGUUUUAUUGAAACAAAACGAAGGAUGACAACGGACAAAAUUAUUCCAUUAAAAUCUAUCGCAAUAUGGAAUCCUAGUUUCUUCUUGGAAAAUCGGAAUGUGAUACCAUAAUCAAGUUGUCAAACGAUUGCAAAAUUUCUACAGAAAUCCAUAUUAAUUUAAUGAAAACGAAAUCUGGAAAUGGAUUUCAACUAACCAGUGCAUGACCUUUGAAGGAGGGUGCUACCAUCACUGAAUUACUUUAACGGGGUGCAUUUUGUUGGUCUCGUAACGAAGAAUUGCGAAUUUCCAAGACUUAUUCUCUUAACGAGUUCCUCGUUCAUGUAGAUCCAAACGCUAAUGAUUAGCAAAUAAUCUCAUUCAUAUUCAGAAAAAGUAGAUAAAAGGCAUAUAGUAAACACACAGUAAAAAAUGCGCAUUGUGAGUGUAUUCACUGUAAAAUGUUGUUCAUAAUGGAAUUAACCUCGUUUUUUACUGAGAGGUUCAGUUCAAGAAGUGUAAGCAUUGCAAAUACCAUGAAUACAGGCUUGUGUUCUUUGUUCCUGGACGUAUCGCAACGUGUACAUAUUUGAUAAGACCAUGUAUGUUUUUUUUUAAUAUUCUAGUUGGAAAUUAUAAGAGCAAUUCUUACGAUACCUCAUCAGAAAGUGUGAGGUCUGAAUAAAAGUCUAUCAAAACA